AUGACAACAGAACCAACCGACCCCGACCUCUUCCUCCUCGCCCUGGACCUCUCCGAUUCCGAGCCCGACGAAGCGGCUCUCCCGGCCGACACCCCCUCAUCAACUUCCAACCCAACCACUGAACACCGACCCACCCGUGCCGAACGCAGUGCAUUAUCAGAAGAAGCGUUCCAGUCUCUAAAGAAGACAUAUCUACCCAAGAUUGAGAACGGCGAGAUCCACACCCAUGUCCUUUCGCUGGUCACCUCCCCAUCAUCAUCACCACCGCCAUCAUCACCACCAGCAGAACCCACCCCACUCACAAAACCCGAAGCCCAAGACCUUCUCCACGCUGCAGAGGAGCUCUACUUCUUCAAGCGGUAUGCUGAAGCAGUGAACUUUUUGCAAACCGUGCUCAAUCAUACGGACAGUGGUGACAGCGUCAACAACGAGCUUGGCGAUAAGGCAAGGAAGAGGGUGGAUGGGGAGACGAGGAGGUUGUUGGGGUAUUAUUUGGAGAGGGCUACUGCGAGGUUGGGGGAGGGGAGGAGAGGGGGGUUUGGGUGUACAUAG